CGAGGGCUGAUCGCAACAAACCAAUGCCGGAGCCGGGCUGAGAGUGGGGGCGGGGACAAGUGGUUCAGGUAGACCCAGGUCUGGAGCUGUGCUAGGGCAGUUCCUUUGCUGCUGCUACUACUGCUGCUGUGCCGAGAGUACUGUCGCCAGGCAAAAAGCCCUCUCAGGUUGGAGGCGAGCCAUGAGCCGAUUCCUAAACAUGUUACGAAGCUGGCUGGUGAUGGUAUCCAUCGUAGCCGCGGGGAACUCACUACAGAGCUUCCGAGACCACACCUUUCUCUAUGAAAAGCUCUAUACCGGCAAACCAGACCUGGUGAAUGGCCUUCAAGCUCGGACCUAUGGAAUCUGGACGCUGCUCUCAUCAGUGGUUCGGUGCCUCUGCGCCAUCGACAUUCACAACAAAACGCUGUACUACAUCACGCUCUGGACCUUCUUCCUCGCAUUGGGGCACUUCCUCUGUGAGUUGUUUGUAUUUGGGACCGCGGCUCCCACGAUUGGCGUCAUGGCACCCCUCAUGGUGGCAAGUAUCUCAAUCCUGGGCAUGCUAGUGGGGCUCCGGCACCUAGAAGCAGAACCAGGAUCCAGACAGAAGAAGAGAAACUGAGGCCAACAUCCCCAUGUCCAAGACGUCAUCUCCCGCCUUUGCUCACCUCUUCCGUCUCUAUGCUCUUCAGUUUCAUUUCUGCUCCAUCAUCCACUUCUAGCCUUUCACAUUUGGGGUUUUUUUUUUUUUUUCCUUUAAUUAAAAAUUUUUUAAGAUAUAA